AUGAAAGCAGAAACUUUAGUUAUGAAAAUAAUAGAAGCUAUUGAAACAGCUUCACCAACUGUAAUAACUUUCAACGGUAAAAAAAUCACCAUAACUAAAAAACUUAUUGAUAAAUACAAAUAUUGUAAUGUCAGAGACGAUAUAGACUUAGAAAGAAUUGACGCGAACGCAAAAGAAGGUGGAUUUUUACCUUUCCUUCUACCUUUAAUAUUUGGUGGUAUUGCAGCGGCUACUGGAAUAACAAAAGCCGUCAACUCAAAUAAAGCAGCUGCAGUAACAGCAGCCGAAGAUCAUAGACACAAUUUAGCAAUGGAAAAGUUGGCCAAAGGUUCAGGAGUGGGAGAAAUGAUAGGCACAAUGAAAGAAUUUGGAAAAAGAUUUAGUGAAGAAACCAAGAAAACUGUUAAACAAGGAUUAAAUAAAUUAGUAGAUAGUAUUGACACAGGAGAAAUCAAAGUCAAACAUAAGAGUAAUGGAAUAUUUUCAAAAAAUAUACACACUGGAGAAGGAAUAUAUCUUUCGAAGUAUAAAGAUAAAGGAGAAGGAGUUAUUUUUGGAACAAAUUAA